GUAACCGGACCGGGACCCGCGCGCCCAGAGCUCUGAGUCCGGAGUGCAGCGCGGCGAGGGGAGGGAAUCCCUCCCGUGUCUGACGCGUCCCUUUACCAAGGAAACCCACACCCGCGCUCUGACGCAACUGCCCAUUUUAGGAAACAUGCGUCAAUGGACCGAGGCAAGUCGGACACACGGUGAACUCCACAGCCGGCGCUGACGUCCGUGUCGAUAAAUAAAUGUGUCCGCGUGUAUCUGCGCCGCUCUGACUGCGUCCCCUGCGCGCCGGUUAUGUCUCCAGUGUCCGCUGGGCGACGGGCGUUCACGGCGGAUCCGUGCGCCGCGCGGCCUUAUCCAGAGCGCGACCCCUCCCUGGGAGAAGUUGCGCCGCCCAGGCUGUGACGUGGGCCGUUUCGUUGGUGUUGAAAAGCCGUUGCCGUUUCUUCAUAGUGCCAUUGAAGUGAGUCAUCUCUAGGAAGUGUGGUUAAGAAGAAGAAGAAGAAAAAGAAGAAAAAAAGGAAAAAAGAGAGAGGAAGAAGAAAAAGAAAAAAAGUUCGAAGUGAACAGCGGAGAGCUCAGACCGAGUGCGCGGGGUGAGCAGACGAGGCGGCGGGUAGCGAAUCCGAAGACUAGCCGGCCAGCGUCGCUCUGUAACUGCGGCUCCGCUCGGCUCCACUGGGUCCGCCUGCGGGAGGUGUGCGACCGACUUCAGGCUGGAGUUAGCGCACCUGAGAGGUCUCUCUACCUGCGGCUCCACAAGAGAAGCGCAAUUAGAAAUAUCCCUCCGCGAGUCGGAAGAAGCGUAUUCAUGAGAACUGGUGAUAUCUGUGAGGGGUUGUAGGUUAGUUUACGGAGCGUCAUCGCACUUUUCUCCUCUGAACUCUUUCUCUGGAUAUCCUGACUACCAGCGUCUCAAGCCAGAGGAUUUUUUUGUGCCUUUUUGAAACGCGAGGAUUUUAAGAAGGGAAAAGGAGGGGGCGGACUCUUUAGAUCUUAGACAGUCUCCUCUUCCCUGGACCAUGUACCAGGACUACUCCGGAAACUACGACACCUCGUCCCGCGGCAGCAGCACCUCUCCGGCCCAGCCAGAGUCCUUCACGAGCGGCAGCAGCACGAUCGGAAGUCCGGUCUCUACCUCAAGCUACCAGAAGUAUAGGGUCGACAUGCCCGGCUCCAACAGUGCCUUCAUCCCCACCAUCAAUGCGAUCACGACCAGCCAAGACCUGCAGUGGAUGGUGCAGCCCACCGUCAUCACCUCCAUGUCCAACCCGUACUCCCGCUCCCACCCUUACGGCCACCACCUGCCCAACGGGCCGGGGCUGCUGGGGCACAACACGCUGGCUCGGCCCGGGGUCAUCCGAUCCAUCGGGGACGCCAGGGGCCGGCGAAAGAGAGACGAACAGCUCACCCCGGAGGAAGAGGAGAAGAGGAGGGUGAGGCGCGAGAGGAAUAAGUUGGCGGCCGCCAAAUGCCGCAACCGCCGGCGAGAGCUCACGGAGAUGCUGCAAGGGGAAACUGAGAAGCUGGAGGAGGAGAAAUCCGACCUGCAGAAGGAGAUCGAGAACCUGCAGAAGGAGAAAGACAAGCUGGAGUUCAUGCUGGUCGCCCACAAUCCCGUGUGCAAGCUCCCCAUCGAUGAGCCCCACCAGCAGCAGCACCACCAGCAGCACCAGCAGCACCAGCAGCACCAGCAGCACCAGCAGCACCAGCACCACCCGCAGCAGCAGCAGCAGCAGUGCGCCCCCCUCCCCCUGACCAUGCGCCCCAACAUGGGCAGCCGGCCUCAGAUAAGCCACGUGGUCGUGAAGCAGGAGCCGGACGAGAGGAGCGACAUGGGCAAGUCCCAGCGCUCCGUCAUCAAGCCCAUCUGCCUGGGCGGCGGCGGCGGGAUGUACUGCACAGAUGGGGACAGCCUGAACACGCCGGUGGUGGCGGCGUCCACCCCGGCCGCCACGCCCAGCGCCCCCAGCCUCAUCUUCACCUACCCGAGCAUGCUGGAGCCCGAGAGUCCCUCGCCGUCCUCCGAGUCCUGCUCCAAGGCCCACCGGCGCAGCAGCAGCAGCAGCGGGGACCAGUCCUCGGACUCCCUCAACUCGCCCACCCUGCUGGCGCUCUGAGCGACGGCCGAGGAACACGGACACUGUGGCGUGAGGAUCGGCCGCCCCUCCCCCUUUAAAAAGACCCGAGAGCACAAGUACAGACCAUGUGACAACCCCCCCCACACACACACACACCCCCUGCAGGGAGACCCACAAGGCCGCGUGUUUCUUGUUGUUCUGCUUCAGUGUACUUUUUAAAAAUCCGUUAAGAGGACCAAGUCUAGAGUGUCAACUUGUUUACUGGGAAGACGAGAAACACUCCGCGAUCCGGCAACUGUGCGUCGACCGCAAAUCAGAGAGCGCGUCAAUAUAUAUGUAUAUAUAUAUAUAUAUAUACUUUUUUUUGCCAAUGUUUCAAAAGCCAUGUGGCCGACACUUUGCACUCCGCCAAGACGAAUCAAUAGAUCACUAAACGAGGUCAGCGCUCUGCUGGGAUGGAGGAGGAGGAGGAGUUCUCUCUUCUCCUCUUCCUCCGAGAGUUUCCACCACAGACUCGCUACUAGCAGCGUGAACACGUUUCUGACGCCAUUUCCACCUCUUGUAAUCGUGUUUUAAGGCCCGCGCCGAGGACAUUUUACAAAGUUUUUUUUCGUCCUCUCCUUAACCCGCCUGUAGAAAAGCAAAAAGGUCGUCUCCGCGGCGACCGAGGCCCUCAGUGUUGCAAAGGAUUACGAGCCAACUUUCAAUCGAGGACCAGUUCCUCCUCUAUACCUUCUUCUAUUUUUGCCAUAGCGGCUCGAGUGUACAGUAGUAUCGGUGUGCUUUUCCUCAGUGAUUCUGUACAUUAACUUUUACAACCUGUGUAUGUGAUUUACAUUGAUGUCAGGGAGAUCUCUCACGUGUAGAAGACCCCCGUCUAGAAGAGUAGAAGAGUCUAGAAGAGUCUAGUAUUGCAGAGGCGGAGAGACGCGGCACGCCGAGGGAUGACAACGUUAUCGCUUCGUUGUGUCAUGUCAGGGGGGUGGGGGGUUUGAACAAAGCCCCCCCCCCCCACACACACACACACACACACCAGAUCCUGACCUUCUUUUCUGUGUCUCGUACAUUCUCCAGAUAAAAGGUUUUGUAGGUCGGGUUUCAAAAAGCCCCCAAAAAGGUUUGUUUGACGCGUGUAAUCCUGUAAUUUGUCCGUCUUUGUCUGAGGAGGAGGAUUUUACUCAAAUUUGGACCCAAAAAAAAGAAGAUGAUAAGAAAAAAGCCACUGUGGUCUAGACUGUCUCCAGCUGCCAAUGAUGUCAACCCUGUUUAUACUGUGUGUGUGUGUGUACAUCUGUCACUUUGAGUAAAGCAGACAGUCAAUGAUGUUUAAAUACAAGCCAGACGAGCUGAUUUUUUUUUUACGGGUGAGUGAACGUAACUCGGAGGUACUCUGUAGAAACGUGGAGGCUUUAAACAAGUUCACUUUCAGAAAGGGACUCUUUAUUUUGUAUGUCUUUAACAGCUGGCCUGAGAUGAAAGAGGGGACACCUCGAGAAUAUGUAAUAUCUCUGAAGUUCUAAGAAGCACUUCUUCUUUUUAUUAUCGUUUUUACAUGUGUGUGUGUGUGCGGUGUGUGUGUGUGUGUGUGUGUGUGUGUGUGUGUGUGUGUGUGUGUGUGUGUGUGUGUGUGUGUGUGUGUGUGUAUCUUUAAAGGGAUGAGGGUUUUCAAUACUGUGCACUGAGAGGGACACAACAGCGAUGUUUGGGACUCUAUUUAGUUCACUUCACACAUUCCUAACAUCAGGGGUUUUAGAAAAAGGGGGGGGGGGCGUCGUUGCUCCAAACCCCUUUCCUGUUAAUAGAGGAGAACCCGUUGUGGUUGGAAGACGUUCGGUUGUGCCGGAUGCAGAAAAAAACGGACUUUUGCAAUUCAACACAAGCUGCUGCUACUUUGGAAAGAACGGCCGGCUGUUUCUCUUCUGAGGAUGUUGUGUCCGACGUCACCGGCUGUGUAGAUGCAACCGGGGGGCGGAGGGUGGGGGGGAGGGGUCUCUGAUCCUGUAUGGCAACAUAAAGAGUAACCAAAAACAUUACUGUGGGCGAUUGUGACAUGUCUGUAUGUUGAAAUAUUCUGCAGCCCCUCGACACACAUAGGAAAGCCAUUGACUGUAGAUCUUCUGCUGUACAUGUCAUCUACUGUCUGUCGCCUGUUUUCAACUACUAUUACUUCUUUUCCAAAUGCUUUAACUGUUCAAAAUGAUUCAAAAUUAAUAAAAAAGAGCAAUAUGUAUAGCAGUGUUUGUUAAUUUAAAUUAAUAAUAAUAAAAAACACAAAAAAUGUUACUUUUCAACCUGA